UCAUUUCCAUGUCGACCAUAUUCCAUAGCUAUUCUGUUCUACAUCGCUCUUCUGUGAAAGUUGUUCUUGCGUUAUCGUUAAAGCGUUGGAAGAGUAUUGCUCAAAAUAUACCGAAGAAAACUAGUUCAAGUGGCAGAGGAGUAAGGAGUCGUCUUCGUCGAACGCCUAUUGAUCCAAAGAUCUUAGAGACCAUCAACUCUUUGGAAGUUUGUAGUCCAAGACGCCGUCGAACUGAAUAUCCCGAUCAAGAUCGUUUUUCAGGUCGCGUUUUUCAAGUAUGGUCCAGAGGUGGUGAAUUGUACAAAAGAGCACGAGUUCCAGAAGAAUUUCCUGAAGCACUUCUACCGGAGGUUGCUUUAAUAGGAAGAAGCAACGUUGGCAAGUCUUGUCUCAUCAAUUCUUUGGUUGGUGGUACCAAGUCACGUUACUUGGCAGAGACAAAGGACUUUCCUGGCACCACUAGAGAACUUGGCUUUUAUGUUCUACGUUCUGGUUUUUUGAGUGUGGUGGAUUUACCAGGAUAUGGUUUUGCCAUUGCAGAAGAACAGGAAAGGAAACAGUGGCAAGAAACAGUAAAAGAGUAUUUACAACAAAGAAAGACGCUUAAAAGACUUUUAAUUUUAUUGGAUGCGAGACAUGGUAUUAUGAAAGCUGAUAGAGAUAUGUUGCAAUUUUUUCAAAGAUGCAAAGUGAAGUACCAAUUUGUGUUGAACAAGUGCGACUUGGUGAAAGAUGAUGAAUUGGCAAGAAAAGUAUAUAUGGUUCGCGAAGAAAUAUCGUCUGGUGUUUAUAAACGAGUUUUAAAGAACAUCAUGAUGACCAGUUCUCAUACUCGAGCUGGUGCAUUUACUUUACAAGCAGAACUGACAGGCUUAGCACUACGACCAUCUCAAAGACAUGCUCUCAAACUAGAUUUAGCCACAAGAGGAAAUGUUCCUGAUGCUAUUCGUCGAGCUCUCAAGUCAUAAAAUGUGUAAGGAUCCAAAAGAUA